AGAGGGAAUCCGCUCUCCUCCCUCUCCUGUCACUCAGUCGCCGCCGACGCUCAGAGGACUACACGAGCCGCCGGAUUAUGUCGGUUGACCUCUGAUGCGCCUGCCGCUCUGGGGAUUUAUGAUAUUGACUGGGAUAAAGAUUGAAGAUAAACAAAAAGAACGAGGUUUGACAUCCGAGAAGGAGGAGGGGAGCGGGAUUUAAGUCUUUCCUGUGUGAGUCAGCACGCACGUGUCCCCUCGACCACGUGACUGAGCAGGGGGAGGCGGGGCUAUUUGGUGGCAGACCUCGGUGUCGCACGCUGAUGAUGGAAAGGAGGAUGGGCGAGCCACACUCUCUGCCGCUGCUGCUGCUGGUUGUAGGGGCGGUGUUACUGGGACCCCUCGUCAGCACACUGGACGUCCCGCUAGACCGUAAGACAACAAAACAAAACAUGCAGCACAAGCCCUUGUCAAGUCUCAACUAACAGUACCAGCCACAAAAAAAUGUAUAUAACACAUAAAAUAUAUACUCAAAUAUACAGUACGAAGACCGAAAUAUGAUUUUAAAAAACAUCUUAAAUACAUACAAUAUUUUAAAAAAUAACAUAUUCACUGUAAAUCUAGAACAUUUUAACAUGUUUAUAUACAAACUGAUAAUUACUAUGUACAUCAUAUUUUGGCUCAUAAUAGUGGAAGAAAUAUCCUUUUUUUGGGGAAAUGUUAUGAAGCAAUAUGAAAUAUAACUCUGCUGUGAUGUUUGUUUCUUUGACACAGGAAAAAUGUUCUUGGGUCAAUUGCAAAGUGCAACUUAACCACCAAUAUUUUUUGUAAAUGUCCAUAGUAACACAUAUUUUUCAAUAUUCUACUUUAUACUCAAAUUUUAUUAAAAAAUGUUUCAAGCGUUUUAGUAAACCUGCAGUUACUUGGUUUAUAACAGAACCCAAACUUAGUUCGACAGUAGUCAUCAUCAUCAUCAUAUUAAUUCCACAGCCUAUGUAACAUUGUGAUUGCAAUUAUAUGUACUAUGUACAGCAUCCGUUAAGUUAGUUGAUUUUUAAAGAUGAAAAUAAUCAUAUUUAUUAUUAUGAAGUUGUGUAGUGUCUUAGAGCUGCAAUUUCAUCAAAUAAUAUAUUACAGUAUUUGUAGUUUACAUAUUAGUUGAUUUAAUAGAUAUGAAUUAAUGAAUUAAACAAAGCAAUUAGCACCACCUGAUAUGAAAAAAUAUAUAAUAGUGAUGCUAGCAAAAAUCGAUAUUCCUAUGAGUCAGCCUUCCAGAUCAGCAGUUUGAUGACAUUAUUUUUUUUGUAGCUAGAGUAUUCCAUUGGUUGCGUAAGAGCUAUCGUUUCCACACUAAUGUAUGGUUCUCUUUAUUGUGACUUGUGCUGAUUCUUUUGUGGGAAAGUUCUGGAAAAAUUGCCACAGCCCCCCACCAUUACUCACCAAUCCCCCAAGGAUUACAUCAUCGACCCCCGGGAGAACAUUGUCAUCCACUGUGAGGCCAAAGGGAAGCCUCAUCCAAGUUUUUCCUGGACAAGAAACGGAACCCACUUUGACCUGGAGCAGCACCCCAACGUGCACAUGCGGGCCCACUCGGGGACGCUGGUGGUGGACAUCAGCCGGGAGCGGGCGGAGCACUAUGAGGGCGCAUACCAGUGCACGGCAAGGAACAAACAUGGGACCGCCGUCUCCAAUGACAUCAUGGUGCGGCAGCCCAUUGAGUUUAUCAUCUUAAGGGUGUUCCUGAAAGGGUCACCUUUGUGGUCCAAAGAGAAGAUCAAGCCAAUCGUCAUUCAGGAGGGCGUGUCCUUGGUGUUGCCAUGUCGACCCCCUGCUGGCUUUCCUCCGCCCAUUGUCUUCUGGAUGGACAACAACUUCCAGAGGUUGCCCCAGAGCAAUAGAGUGUCCCAGUCGUUGAACGGAGACCUUUACUUCUCCAACGUGCUACACGAGGACUCCAGGAGCGACUACAUCUGCUACGCCCGCUUCCCACACACGCAGACCAUCCAGCAGAAGCAGCCCAUCGCCGUCAAAGUCCUCAACCUGGACGCGAUCAAUGAAACAAUGGAAGCUUUUUACAAUGACACUGAUUUAUUUAGUGAAGAGCCGGUGGAUGAGAGGAAGCCCACGUUCCUUAUCCCGUCUGGACCUUCCAGGUCCAAAAUGGUGCUACGUGGUCAGGUGCUGGAGAUGGAGUGCAUUGCGGAAGGACUGCCCACUCCUGACAUAUCCUGGGCCAAAGUGAGUGGCGAGCUCCCGACCAUGCGCGCCUCCUUCCUGCAUCACCAGAAAAUACUGCGCAUCGUCAACGUGUCGGAAGCGGACGCUGGCAACUACCGCUGCACUGCCAGGAACAGGCUGGGCUCAGUCCACCACACCAUUCAGGUCACGGUCAAAGCUGCUCCAUACUGGAUCAGCGGUGCUCCCCGGAACCUCGUCCUCGCCCCGGGAGAGAACGGGGUGCUAAUGUGCAGGGCCAGCGGCACGCCCAAGCCCGGCAUCCAGUGGGCCAUGAAUGGUGUUCCCAUAGAGUAUGCCCCAAAGGACCCUAGCCGGAAAGUGGAGGACGACACUAUCAUAUUCACCGACGUGCAGACAGGAUCCAGCGCCGUGUACCAGUGUAACGUCUCCAACCAACACGGCUACCUCCUGGCCAACGCCUUCGUUAAUGUCCUGUCCGAGCCGCCCAGAGUGCUGACGCCGGCCAACAAAGUCUACCAGGUCAUCAAGAAUCACAGAGCCCUGCUCGAGUGUACUUACUUCGGCUCACCCAUCCCCAAAAUUACCUGGUUCAAGGAGAGUCGUUCUGGUACGCUAGACGCCGAGACGCACAAGGAGCACGACAACGGCACUUUAGAGAUCCGUGUGGCUCAGCCAAGGAAUAGCGGAAAGUACACUUGUGUGGCCCGGAAUUCUCUCGGUAUCUAUGAGAAUCAUGUGCACCUGGAAGUCAAAGAACCGACCCGCAUCCUGAGGCAGCCCGAGUACCGAGUGGUGCAGCGUGGCAGGUCCGUGGUGUUUGAGUGCAAAGUCAAGCACGACCCCUCGCUCACACCAACCAUGACGUGGCUCAAAGACAACGGGGAGCUGCCCGACGACGAGAGAUUCGUAGUGGACGCCGACAGCCUCACCAUUGGCGACGUGACCGAGAGCGACGCCGGCGUGUACACGUGCAUCAUGAACACAACGCUGGACCACGACUCGGCCAGCGCCGAGCUCACCGUUGUCGAGGCCACGCCGACGCCGGCUGUUGUCAACGAGCGACCCGAACCCCCGACCGACUUGGAACUGACGGACCACAAAAAGAGGAGUGUUCAACUCACCUGGAUUCCUGGCGAUGAGCACAACAGUCCUAUUCAGAAAUUUGUGAUCCAGUAUGAAGACUCUCUCCACCACCACAGAGGUCACUGGCACAACCUUACCGAAGUCCCCGGAACUAAGACCACAGCCCACCUGAAGCUGUCGCCCUACGUUCACUACAACUUUCGAGUCCUCGCCAUCAAUUCCAUGGGUGUCAGCCGACCCAGUUUCCCCUCCAAGAUGUAUAAGACUGAACCUUCAGCUCCAGAUGAGAAUCCAACAGAUGUACAUGGAUUUGGAACAGAACAUGACAAUCUUGUCAUCUCAUGGAAGCCGCUGUCAGGCCUCCAGGCCAACGGGCCAGGACUCCAUUACAGAGUGAUGUGGAGGCAGAAGAUGAUGGACAGCGAGUGGAUCGUGGCGACCGUAGCCAACAACUCCAAGUUCGUUGUGUCCAGAACGCCCACGUUUGUUCCAUACGAGCUCAAAGUUCAGGCUGUGAAUGACUACGGAGCAGCACCCGAGCCCGCUGUUGCUUACGGCCACUCUGGAGAGGAUUUGCCGGUCGCCGCUCCAGAGUCUGUGCAGGCGUACGUGUUGAACAGCACCCUGGCGGAGAUCCACUGGGAGCCCGUGACUCAAAAACUAAUACGUGGAUACCUCAAAGGCUACAAGGUGUAUUACUGGAGAGAGCGCAGCCUGCACAAACAUAACCCCCAUCACACAGAGAAGCAGAUCCUGACAUUCAGCGGCAACCACAGCAAGGGAAAACUUCCUGGCCUGCAUCCCUUCAGCCUCUACUCAUUUAACGUCAGAGUGUUUAACGGCAAAGGAGAGGGCCCCCCGAGUCGCAACCAGCAGUUUGAGACCCCCGAAGGAGUUCCUGGAGCGCCUUCCUCCCUGACAGUCACCAACCCCAAUUUGGACUCUUUAAGCCUUGAGUGGAACCCUCCUCGUGACCAGAACGGACUCCUGACAGGAUACACCCUCAAAUACCACCCAGUCAAUAACUCCAAUGAGCUGGGCCCAGAGGAGGAGCUGGCCCUGGCUGCCAAUGAGACCUCGGUCACUUUGCUCAACCUCAAGUACAGCACGCGCUACAAGUUUUAUUUGAAUGCCAAAACGCGUAAGGGGCCCGGCCCGGCCGUUACGCAGGAAGCGGUCACCAUCGUGGACGAAGCUUUCAUGACUCAUCUCGACAAAGACGUCGGCACGGGAGGCAGCGCGUCGGCGGCCAGUCCUUUCGGGAGCGUUAACUCAUCCAGGGGAGAGGACGGCACACUGAUCAGUUGGGAGUACUGGGGCCCGGAGAGAAACAUUUAUUUAGAAUACAUAGUGGAAAACAGUGAAGGCGAAGACGAAUGGCGCAAAGAGCUGGUGAACGGCUCUCAGAACUUUAUGCUGAGGGGCUUGAAGGAGGGCCUCUCCUAUAGGGUGCGCUUGGUGGCCCAAGGUCACGGCGACCAAGAGCCCCACCGCUCCAAGGAGCUCACGGUGACGGUGCCAGCUGUGGCGAGCCGACAGGUGGAUAUCGCGACGCAGGGUUGGUUCAUCGGCCUCAUGUGUGCCAUCGCCCUCCUCAUCCUCAUCCUUCUCAUCAUCUGUUUCAUCCAGAGGAACAAGGGAGGAAAAUAUCCAGUCAAAGAAAAGGAGGACGCUCACACGGACCCGGAGUUCCAGCCCAUGAAAGAUGAAGACUGCACUUUUGGGGAAUACAGCGACAAUGAGGACCAUAAACCGUUAAAAGGGAGCCGCACACCAUCGAGCGGUACGGUUAAGCGGGACGACAGUGACGACAGUUUAGUAGACUACGGGGAAGGAGGAGACGGCCAGUUCAACGAGGACGGCUCGUUUAUCGGCCAGUAUAGCGGAAAGAGCGUCAGCCGGGACACCGCCGCCGCCGCCGAGGGCCACGAGAGCUCCGAGGCGCCGUCCCCGAUUAACGCCAUGAACUCCUUGAACUCCUUCGUGUAGUCUCGACAUCCAUGGGGGGAAAAAGGACAGGCGUGGUGUCAAUGGGGAAACCUUCACGGAGACACUUUUAGGAAGACGAUAACCGAAUGCCUUUACUAUUAAUUAUCCGCUCUAGACAUUUUCACCAAGACUUUUCACUGGUACGGUUUGGUUCCCAGUCCCUUUAAAAGUGGCCACUACGUUUUGCGAUCAUUUCUGCACAACAUCCACUCGAUUUAUCCACCUCACCCGCAGGUUCCGCUGCAUUAAUUUCAAUAUUUUUUUUUUUUUAAGGAAACUGACAUCGUCAAAGGUCUAUUUGCUUGUUUGUUCAUACUAUGACUGCCAUGUUUUAUUCUUCCCACGAAGUAGCUUGUACACAAAUUGAAUCGCCAUCAAAUAAGGCCCACCAUUCAUAAUAUCUUCAUAUUAACAGUCCUGUGCAUUUGUCAUGGCCCACUCUUAGAUUUGUGGUUUUAUCCAGCUUCUUUUGGUUAAAUUAGCCUGAUACAUUCGUAAAUGCUCUCUUAAAUUGAAUGCUACGGUACUGCCAUUUAGGCAUUAGCGAGUUAGUUAGCAGGAUGAUAUGAAAAUUAACCCACAAGUUGUUUCAUUGCUAAUCCUACACCAACUAUUUUUUUUUCCUUCACAAAUUGGUUACUUAGCUUGGCUAUGCAAAAACUAUAGAACCCCUUUUUUCCCCUGCUUGUUAGUUGCUGUGUUGGCUAGCUAGCUAGCUAACAGGUUAGUUAGCAGGCAAACAAGCUAUUUAUUACAUGGCUCCUUAGCUGAAUUGCACUGCUUGGUUUAUUACCUACCCUGCUAACACUUAGUUAGGGAAAAAGAAAAUAAAUCAUGUUCCGCCUUCACGUGUGAAAGCGUAAGGCAACAGUUUGAUGGUUGGUGUGUUAGCUUGAUACGCGCAAGUUAAUUAGCAAGAAUACUCUGUAGAGGGGAAGAAGAAAGAAGCUAUUACAUUGUAGUCAGGGUCUGGAUAAAGGAAUUGUAUUUUCCGUUAUGAUGUCAAUGGAACGGUUCACACCCCCAGAGUCAUAAAGGUACUGUCUAACCAGGAAACGGGCUGCUAACUAAAAAUGAACACAGACAUGGUGGAAAAACCGCAAAGCUAGUGGUGACCUGAGACUUUUGCACAGUACCGUAGAUAUAAAGCAGAGCAUUGCUGGCAUGCAGCACUGUACAUGUUCUUCAUCAUGACUUGUUGCAUGGCCUGUCACGUGACCGCCCAAAACAUGCAUGUGUCCUCUGCUUCAUGACGUGCCAGUGCCUAGAUACCUACGACAUUCACGACAAAACAACAUGUAACGGGCAAGUUUUACUUAACUACAUUUUUGCUAUGUUUUAAGAGAUUUAUAUAACAGUUCCUCUAAGGUUGUUGUUUGUUUUGGGAAUUGCUUGACGGGCCACGUCAAAUGCUUUCGUGGGCCUUAGUAAAAUGUGCCAUAAAAUUUGGGUGUAGGUCUGGAUAAAUGUGGAGAUCCAGGAUUUUGUUGCAUUUUUAUUCCUCGGCGGAGGUCAGUGCUCUUAACUUUAUUUCGUCAUCACGGCGUGAAGUUUUCAACGCAGUGGCGGUGGGCGCCGUUUUUGUCUUUGGGCACUUUUUUUUCCAACAUAAUCCUGUUCUACAAUAAACAUGAGCAAAGAAAUUUAAUUCAAUUACAUUUUUUUUUUCCUUGGGGAAGGUCAGUACUCACCUUCUCAUUGUUUUAAGUCACAGCCCAUGCUUUGAGUAGUCUCACUGGACCGCAUUAAAACAAAUAACAUCAUCAUGUUUAGGUAAGCUGAAUGUAUGCAGCAUCCACACCUGUUAUUCAUUUUCUACAAUAAUAAUAAUAAUGUGUUGACGUGUACUAACAACGCUUCUUGAGAGCCUUUAGAUGGGAUCAAGGUUUGUUUUUUCUUAACUUGCAUCAAGUUUGACUUUCUUUUUAUUGUUAUGAUGAUGACUUGUAGAAUAUUUUGUUGAAAUAUGUAAAUACACCUUCGAGUGGAUUGUACAGGGCUUGGGAGCAAGGCGACAUCGUGCAUGAUUUUGAAUGUUCAUAGGACUGUAUUAAAUGUAGAGAAUAUAUAUAAAUAUACGGUAAUCUUUUCUUUAUUGCUGUGCAUUGUGUACAUAUGUUGUUCUGUAAUGAAAUGGGCAGAUACAAAUCAUAUACGCCUGAUUUAAUUUUUGUUUUUUUUUCCAGAUAUUGCUUGUCUGGUUGACGUAUUUCUAUACUGCCAAAAUGUUAUCAACAAUAUUUCAACUUGUUUUUGUAUUUAAGAAACAGAUUUGUACUAACAAAAUACUUUCUUUGUUUCUAUUUAAUUUCCCUUUUUUAGUGCAAGUAUGACUCUUCAUACGGGAAUCUCUAUUGACUGAAUAAACAAUCAUUUUCCUCCAA